AUGGAGUCCACCGGCGACCGUUUGAUGACCUUGGAAACCAAGGACGGCAUUGCCUUGCAAGGUUACUCCUUCGGAGCCCAGACCUCUGCUGCCGGUGAGGUGGUUUUUCAAACGGGUAUGGUCGGUUACCCUGAGUCUAUCACUGACCCUUCUUACGAGGGCCAGAUCUUGGUGAUCACUUACCCACUUGUUGGUAACUACGGUGUCCCAGACACUGAAUUAAAGUGUGACAUCGUCGAAGAGUUGCCAAAAUACUUUGAGUCCAACCACAUUCACAUUGCCGGUUUGGUGGUUGCUCAUUACACCGAGGAAUACUCCCACUUCUUGGCCAAGUCUUCUUUGGGUCAAUGGUUACAAAAGGAAGGCAUUCCUGCUAUGUAUGGUGUGGAUACCAGAGCCUUGACAAAGAAGUUGAGAAACGAAGGUUCCACUUUGGGUAGAUUGGCUCUUCAGAAGUCUUCUACCAAGCACGAUGAGGUUGUGGGCCAGGCUGAUUGGGAGCAGUUCUUCGACAUCCCUGAGUGGGACGACCCGAACGUGAAGAACUUGGUUGCUAAGGUCUCCAUUAAGGAGCCAAAGUUGUACAAGCCUAAGAACAACGUCAAGACUGAUAAAAACGGCAAACCAAUUCGUAUCGUGGCCGUUGACGUCGGUAUGAAGUAUAAUCAGAUCCGUUGUUUCGUUGCCAGAGGUGUCGAAUUAUUGGUUGUUCCAUGGGACUACGACUACACUCACGAGGAGUAUGAUGGUUUAUUUAUCUCAAACGGUCCUGGUGAUCCUCAAGUCAUGACUGAGACGGUCGCUCGUUUAGCCAAGGUCAUGGAGUCCGGCAAGACUCCGGUGUUCGGCAUCUGUUUGGGUCACCAGUUGAUGGCUCGUGCCACUGGUGCCGACACUCUCAAGUUGAAGUUCGGUAACCGUGGUCAUAACAUUCCAUGUACUUCCACGAUUUCUGGUAGAUGUUACAUCACUUCCCAGAAUCAUGGUUACGCUGUUGAUGCUUCUACUUUGCAAGACGGCUGGAAGGAGUUGUUCGUCAACGCUAACGACGAAUCCAACGAGGGUGUUUAUCACGUUUCCAAGCCAUACUUCUCAGUUCAGUUCCAUCCCGAGUCUACCCCUGGUCCAAGGGACACUGAAUUUUUGUUCGACGUUUUCAUUGACGCAGUUGUUGACUUCAAGGACACUGGUGUCUUUAAGCAAGUCGCCUUCCCUGGUGGCAAGAUUGAGGAAAACAGAGCUGCUCACCCAAGAGAAGAUGUCAAGAAGGUUCUUGUUUUGGGUUCUGGUGGUUUGUCCAUUGGUCAGGCUGGUGAGUUUGACUACUCAGGUUCUCAGGCCAUCAAGGCCUUGAAGGAGGAAGGAAUCUACACGAUCUUGAUCAACCCAAACAUCGCCACCAUUCAAACUUCUAAAGGUUUGGCUGACAAGGUCUAUUUCUUGCCUGUUAAUCCAGACUUCGUUAGAAAGGUCAUCAAGCACGAACGCCCAGAUGGAAUUUAUUGUACCUUUGGUGGUCAGACUGCUCUUAGUGUUGGUAUUGCCUUGAAGGAUGAGUUUGAGGGGUUGGGCGUUAAGGUAUUAGGUACCCCUAUCGAAACCGUCAUCACUACUGAGGACAGAGAAUUGUUCGCUGCCGCUAUGGAUGACAUCAACGAGAAGUGCGCCAGAUCUGAGGCUUGCUCCACUGUUGAAGAGGCGGUCGACGCAGCCAACGCUAUCGGUUAUCCAUUAAUUGUUAGAGCUGCCUACGCUUUGGGUGGUUUGGGCUCUGGUUUCGCCGACAACGAAAAGGAAUUGAGAGAAUUGUGCGGUAAAGCGUUCGCCACGUCUCCUCAGGUUCUUGUUGAGAGAUCCAUGAAGGGCUGGAAAGAAGUCGAGUACGAGGUUGUUCGUGAUGCCUUCGACAACUGUAUCACUGUCUGUAACAUGGAGAAUUUCGACCCCUUGGGUAUUCACACUGGUGACUCCAUUGUUGUCGCUCCUUCUCAAACUUUGUCUGAUGAGGAUUACAACAUGUUGAGAACAACUGCUGUGAAUGUUAUCAGACAUUUGGGUGUCGUUGGUGAGUGCAACAUCCAGUAUGCCUUAAACCCAUUCUCCAAGGAGUACUGUAUUAUUGAAGUGAACGCUAGAUUGUCUCGUUCUUCAGCCUUGGCCUCUAAGGCCACUGGUUACCCAUUGGCCUACACUGCUGCUAAGUUGGGUUUGAACAUCCCUUUGAAUGAGAUCAAAAACUCUGUGACUAAGUCCACCUGUGCUUGUUUCGAGCCAUCUCUUGACUAUGUCGUUGUUAAGAUCCCAAGAUGGGAUUUGAAGAAGUUUACUAGAGUGUCUUCAUUGUUAUCUUCUUCCAUGAAGUCUGUUGGUGAGGUCAUGUCUAUCGGUAGAACAUUUGAAGAAGCCAUUCAGAAAGCUAUCAGAUCUACUGAUUACCACAACUUGGGUUUCAACAAGACUGCUGCUUUGAUGUCCAUCGACAUUGACACCGAAUUGCAAACACCAUCUGACCAACGCUUGUUUGCUAUUGCCAACGCUCUCUCGGAUGGUUACUCUGUCGACAAGGUCUGGCAAUUGACUAACAUUGACAAGUGGUUCUUGAACAAGUUGGAUGGCUUGAUCAAGUUUGGUAACAAGAUCAGUUCUUUUGGUAGCAAGGAGAACUUGCCUCUUGGUAUUUUAAGACAAGCCAAGCAGUUGGGCUUUGAGGACAGACAAAUUGCUAAGUUUUUGGACUCUAAUGAGGUUGCCAUCAGAAGAUUGAGAAAAGAGGCUGGCAUUGUCCCAUUUGUCAAACAAAUUGAUACUGUCGCUGCUGAGUUCCCUGCUUUCACUAACUACUUGUACAUCACGUACAACGCAGAUUCUUCUGACGUUGAGUUUAACGAUCAUGGUGUGAUCGUCUUGGGAUCAGGUGUCUACAGAAUUGGUUCUUCAGUUGAGUUCGACUGGUGUGCUGUCAGAGCCAUUAGAACCUUGAGAGAGAACAAUUUGAAAACUAUUAUGAUCAACUACAACCCUGAAACCGUCUCCACUGAUUACGACGAGGCUGACAGGUUGUACUUCGAGACAAUCAACUUGGAAAGAGUUAUGGAUAUUUACGACUUAGAGCAAUCUUCUGGUGUCAUUAUUUCUAUGGGUGGUCAAACUUCGAAUAACAUCGCCUUGCCAUUGCAUCGUCAAAACGUCAAGAUCUUGGGCACGUCACCUGAGAUGAUUGACUCUGCUGAAAACAGGUACAAGUUUUCAAGAAUAUUGGACAAGAUUGGUGUCGACCAGCCUGCUUGGAAAGAGUUGACCUCGAUAGAAGAAGCUGAAGAAUUUGCUGAGAAGGUUACCUACCCCGUUUUGGUUCGUCCAUCUUACGUCUUGUCUGGUGCUGCUAUGAACACUGUAUACUCCAAGGCGGACUUGGCUUCUUACUUAUCCCAGGCAGUGGACGUAUCCCCAGACUACCCAGUCGUUAUCACCAAGUACAUUGAGAAUGCUAAGGAGAUCGAAAUGGAUGCUGUCGCCAAGGACGGUAAGAUGAUCAUGCAUGUUGUCUCCGAACACGUCGAGAAUGCUGGUGUUCAUUCUGGUGAUGCUACUUUGGUUGUUCCUCCUCAGGACUUAGACCCUGAGACUGUUUCUAGGAUUGUCGAGGCGACCGCCAAGAUUGGUAAGGCCUUGGAUAUCACUGGUCCUUACAACAUUCAGUUUAUUGCCAAAGACAAGGAUAUCAAGGUUAUUGAAUGCAAUGUUCGUGCCUCUCGUUCCUUCCCAUUUGUUUCCAAGGUUGUUGGUACUGACUUGAUUGAGAUGGCUACCAAGGCUAUCAUGGACUUGCCAAUCACCCCUUACCCUGGUGAGAAGUUACCCGAGGACUACUGCGCUGUUAAAGUUCCUCAAUUCUCCUUCUCCAGAUUGGCCGGCGCUGACCCUGUUUUGGGUGUUGAGAUGGCCUCUACAGGUGAGGUCGCUACAUUUGGUAGAAACAAGUAUGAGGCUUACUUGAAAUCUUUGAUCUCUACCGGUUUUAAGUUGCCAAAAAAGAACUUUUUGUUCUCCAUCGGUUCGUACAAGGAGAAGCAAGAGUUGUUGCCAUCCAUAAAGAAAUUGCAUGAGUUGAACUACAAAUUGUUUGCUACUGCUGGAACUGCCGAUUUCAUCAAGGAGCACGGCAUCCCAGUGCACUACUUAGAAGUCAUGGGCAAAGAAGAGGACCAAAAAUCUGAAUUCUCCAUGACUCAGCACUUGAGCAACAAUAUGAUCGAUGUCUACAUCAACUUGCCAUCUGCGAACAGAUUCCGUCGUCCAGCUUCCUACAUGUCCAAGGGUUACGAAUCUCGUCGUAUGGCUGUGGACUACUCUGUGCCAUUGGUGACUAACGUUAAGUGUGCUAAGUUGUUGGUCGAGGCUAUUGCCAGAAACAUUGAGUUAAAUGUCACCAACAACGAUGCUCAAACUUCCCACACCACCACAGAGUUGCCUGGUUUGGUGAACAUGGCCAGCUUUGUUCCUACCUUCAACGACUUCGAAAUCACCACCAAGGAGUCUUUGGCUGCUGGCUUCACUUUCAACGCUUUCUUGCCUCAGACUGUCACUGGCUCUGCUGUUGUUGACCUUGACAGCUUGGGCGAUGCUAUUUCCACUGCUUCUAGCGGGGCUUACACUAAUUUCUCAAUGGGUCUCGCUGGAUCUGCUACCAACGCCAAGGAUUGCGCAGAGGCUGCUGAGAACGCUGCUUCUUUGUUCUUGCCAUUUAACGAAUUCGCCAACUCAAAGGUUUCUGCCAUUUCAGCCCACUUUGCUUCUUGGCCUCACUCUAAGCCAAUUGUUACUGAUGCGCGUGCCACCGAUUUGGCUUCUGUUUUGUUGUUGGCAUCUCUUCAUAACCGCUCUAUUCACAUUACGGGUGUUUCCUUCAAAGAGGAUUUGGAAUUGAUCAAGAUGGCCAAGGCAAAGGACUUAAGGGUCACUUGCGAUGUCUCCAUCUACUCCUUGUUCUUGUCUCAGAGCGAUUACUCCCAGUUCUCGUUCUUGCCAACUGCAGAAGACCAGGCCGCCUUGUGGGCUGACUUGGACCACAUUGACUGUUUCUCUAUUGGCGUCUUGCCAUACAUGGUCGCCAAGGGCCUUGGCCAUGACAUUACUCCUGCUUUUGGUAUCAAGGAAGCUGUACCAUUGUUGCUCCUGGCUGUGAAGGAGGGUAAGCUCACUAUUGGCGACAUUGUUAAACGCUUACAUGACAACCCUGUCCAGAUAUUGAAUCUUCCAAAGCAAGAUGCCUCUGUUGAGAUCGACAUUGACAGAGCUAUCCUGGUUUCUGAGACUGUCAAGUCAAUCUUCAAAAACAAGAAGCUUCAAGGUUACAUUGAGAGAGUAUCUGUUCAUCACGAAACCGUUUGCUUGGACGGCUCUAUUUUGGCCGAUGAAGCUUUGGGCAAAAAUGAAUUCGCUACCAGAGACAGAUUUGGUUCCGUUACUAAUAUUCCUCAAUCUCCAAUCUUGUCCAAGAAGGUCAGAGCUUCAUUCGGCGACGGCCGCCGUCCAUCAUUGAUGAGAGAAAAAGAGCAACAAGCAGCUCAAGGAUCAUUGGAGAAGUUGGGCCACGAAUUGGUCUCUCAGCCACCAUCUGGCCUCUUUGUUGAGUCUGACGCCUUGAUUAAUUACAUCCGAAACAACAAUACUUUCUUGAGAAACUCCGUGUUGUCUGUUAAGGACUUCACCCGCUCUGACUUACAUUCUUUGUUCACUGUUGCUCAAGAGAUGAGAUUGGCUGUUGAGCGCCAGGGCGUCUUGGACUUAUUGAAGGGCAGAUUGUUGUGCACUAUGUUCUAUGAACCCUCCACCAGAACUUCAUCCUCGUUCGACGCUGCCAUGCAGAGAUUGGGCGGUAGAGUUGUUGCUGUUGCUGCUGAUUCUUCCUCAGUCAAAAAGGGUGAAACUUUGCAGGACACUAUCCGCUCUUUGGCUUGCUACUCUGACGCUAUCGUGUUGAGACAUCCAACCGAGGAGUCCGCUGACAUUGCUGCCAAGUACUCUCCAGUGCCGAUUAUCAACGGUGGUAACGGAAGCAAAGAGCAUCCAACUCAAGCAUUGUUGGACUUGUUUACCAUUAGAGAAGAGUUGGGUACUGUGAAUGGUAUCACUGUUACUUUUAUGGGUGACUUAAAGUACGGUAGACCAGUUCACUCUCUCUUGUAUUUGUUGCGUCACUACCAGGUGAGAGUGCAGUUGAUCGCUCCGAAGGAAUUGUCGUUGCCUGAGAGCAUCAAGGACAUGUUGAGGGAAUAUAACAUGUUGUCCGUUGAAACUGAGGAAUUGACACCUGAGCUCAUCGCUAAGUCAGAUGUCUUGUAUUGUACCAGAGUCCAAGAAGAAAGAUUUAAGGACAGACAACAAUACUUGAGAUUGAAGGACACUUACAUCGUGGACAACAAGAUCUUAUCUCACGCCAAGCUGCACAUGUGUGUCAUGCAUCCAUUGCCUAGAACUUCCGAGAUCAAGGAGGAAGUUGACUUUGAUCAAAGAGCUGCUUACUUCAGACAAAUGAGAUACGGUUUGUACGUCAGAAUGGCUUUAUUGGCAAUGGUCAUUGGUGUCGAUUUUUAA